AUGUACCAGCGUCCCCAACCGACUGUACGAACGAAAACAGGAUCGAUGAGCACUUCCUCUCCCCGUGUCUCCCCUUUACUGCCGUCUGCAGCGGUAGCAUACUCUGAAAAACACGGUUAUGGCCCAACAGCCAACGGCGCAACCCCGCAACUCGACAACCAAGCCAUGCCGACAAUAUUGGGUAUGCCGCUCAAAUAUGUUUCUCUCGUCACCCUCGCUGUUCAAAACGCCUCGCUCUCGAUUGUCAUGCACUAUUCACGCGUCUCAACACCCGCCCAUCUCGCAUAUUCACCAGCUUCGGCGGUCCUGUUCAACGAAAUCCUAAAAGGAACGAUAUCAUUCUUCAUGGCCGUGUCCAACUCGCCUCUCCUGAAAGACAACCCUUCGACACGGCAGACACAUCGGUCACUCUCCAGCUACGUCCGGCUAUGGUUGUCAGCUGUGCAGGACGUAUGGGCAGAGAUACUCAGUCCAGAUUGCUGGAAACUCUCCAUACCCGCCAUCCUCUAUGUGAUCCAGAACUCGCUCCAGUUUGUCGCGAUCAGCAACCUCCCAGUGGCGACUUUCCAAGUCACGUAUCAGAUGAAGAUCCUGACCACCGCGGCCUUUUCUGUUGCCUUGCUCCGGAAGAAGCUCUCUGGCGUGAAAUGGCUGUCCCUGUUCUUCUUGGCGGUAGGAGUCGGGAUUGUCCAAAUUCAAUCGACAGGGUCUUCGAGAAGUUCGGGUAGCCAUGGCGUGGGCAGUGCGCACGAGUUCCAUGCUCAUGUUAUGAACCCUUGGAAAGGGUUUGGAGCCGUUACUGCUGCUUGCUUCACUUCCGGCUUGGCAGGUGUUUAUUUCGAGAUGGUGUUGAAGAACUCGAAGGCGGAUUUGUGGGUGCGGAACGUGCAAUUGUCGCUCUUCUCCCUCAUCCCAGCUCUUCUGCCAAUACUCUAUGCCCCGACUCCCGUCGGUUCGAGGGGGUUCAUCCUCGACCUCUUCAGGAACUUUGGACCCUGGGCAUGGGCGACAGUUGCCAUCCAGGUCUUAGGCGGCUUGAUCACGGCAAUCGUCAUCAAGUACUCGGACAACAUCAUGAAAGGCUUCGCUACCAGUCUCUCCAUCGUCCUCUCCUUCCUCGCCUCCGUCAUCCUCUUCGACUUCAAAAUCACCUUCUCCUUCCUCAUCGGCGCCACCACCGUCCUUUGCGCCACAUGGAUGUAUAACCAACCCGCUGGCAAGGAGCCCAAGUUUUCGCUCACGGGCAAUUCGACUGCUUCGCCGAUCAUCCAGAAAGCACCGUUGAGCUCGCCUAUUAUUGGUGAGACUGGGUUUUCGAGGAAGAGUGGAGGGGGUAAGAGGAGUCAUUCGAGGGGGAAUUCGAUAUCCACUGCGACUCCUAUGCUGAACCAGGCGGAGGGCUACUUUGGGGAUAGUGCGACUGUGGAUUCCGGGUUGAUUGGCGGGUCGCCGUUGGCUGGCACGAGAGCUGGGAGCCCAAGGUAUAGUCUAAUCGGAAAGUCAUAG